UCUUCCCCCUUUGCUGUUCCUCGCUUCCCAUUAUCCAUCAUCCAUCUCUCAACAUUGUCAUCAUCAAUUUCUCCCUUGCACUGGUCUCUCUCAAAUUUUCUAAUAUCACUAUGGCGUCCAUGCCACUGGUCUUUACCCCCGACGAGCGAGUCAUCACUACAGAAAAGUGGCAUUCCGAGUUGUGCCAGAAUGCCUCUGUGUACAAGGGUUGCUUCGUCCGACGAAUUACAAUUGUCAAGGAUCUGAAAUCCCGAGUGGUCCACGAAUAUCUUCAAGUAAUCAUUGAAGACACCGGUUCCAAUUCUCACGACCGUACUCGUGUGUUAGCGGAGCGUCUAGAAAAGCAAGACCAGGUAAUUAUCGGUCGGUGGUCCUAUGGUGCGAACCCGCCAAUCAAAUCUUCGAUCAUCUCUACCUUGGAAACCUACCUGUUUGGGGGCUCCUCUUCCUCUUCCUCCUCAUCGUCGUCGUCGUCUUCGUCCGAUGAAAGACUACCUCUCCCGCUGUGGUCAUUAACCUUUGACGGCGACAAUCUGGAUGUCAUUCACUUAGCCGCCAUAUUGUUGAAUACCACGAAAACGCUAAAGAGCUACAAUUUUGUCACCAGGAACUGUUACGUCUUUGCCAAAAUAGUGUAUGAUAGCGCACAGUCCCGGUACAAGGGCCUGUCGAAAAGCUGGCGAUUUGGCCACUUCCGGGGAACUCUGGCCGUUUGGCUGAAAGUGACUGGCAAUGCAGAUGCGCAUGGUUUCGAGUCCCAAAAUAAGACAGAUUUCCAAUACGUCCCGAGCGACGCAUUCGAAGAAACGCUGGACACCUUCUACACUGCCGCCGUUGAACUUUUUCGUCAAGAUGGUAUCGAAAUGACCGAUGAGGACAGCAAGAAAUUGAUCAGCCAAUGCAAGUUGAAAGAUCUUAGAGACUCUACGACCGAGAAUGCCCUGAAGAGCACGGAUGCUAACAAGUUGGAUGAAUUGUACCAAGAUUCAGUUGACAAGGUCCUUACCGAGCCUCGCAAGGAUCAUUAUCUGGCGGUAUAUCAGCGUUACGCCGAGAAGGCUCCAGUAAGUACACCUAGCGAAGCUCCCGUCCAAAACCUCCCUGGUGUUGAACUCCACAGGGUUUCGGACGAGCUCUCGCAGCAAAAUGAUGAGGCAAUGAAGAUUCUUGUGGGAAAUGUUUUGGAAAGACUUGAGGAAGGUAGCCCCGCAGAGUGAGUAAUGUCACAGGCUGCGCCUGUCGCAUAAACGAUAUGUUUAGUCAGGACGGAGAGGUUAUCGAAGGAACUAUUUACCCGCACUGCGCGCGCAUGUAUAUAGAGCCGCCCGAUCGGGCAUUUGUUCCUCUUUCCCCAACGAAAUCUUUUGUGCCAAAACUAGUCAUUAGUGUCUCUGGGCCUGGCCCCUAACAUUAGAUUUCGUUCCUUUCCUUCUCUACUAGCCGUUCGAUCGCGCAGUGGCU